CAGGUCUGACAGUUUAAAAUAAUCCACGGCCUCGAUCGAACCUGAAUUUUGGCAACAAAAAUAAAAGAAAUUUAAUAAUUUCUGUGCUCAGAAACCUGUGAAAAUGGCAUCGAUACCGCUAAUGUACGCGCAAGAAGAUAUAGAAGGUGGAGGAAAGGAAUCUAUCGAGGAUGAUUUUGCAUACCGCAAUAAUGUCAAGAAUGCAGACAAGCACAUUCGCCUGGGGUUCAUCAGGAAGGUGUAUGGGUUGCUGUCGGUGCAACUGCUGUUCACUACCGUCAUCUCUGCCGUGUUCAUGCUCUGCAAGCCUGUGCAACUAUUCAUCCAUCAGAAUGACUGGAUGCUGUUGGUGGCCUUCGUGCUGACCAUGAUAACACUGUUUGCUCUCAUUGCAAAGAGGCGUGACAGUCCCGCCAACUUGUACCUUCUAGCUGCAUUUACGGCGGUGCAGUCGUACACCAUCGGCGUGGUGGUGUCGUUCUACGACACGGCCAUCGUGCUGCAGGCGCUGGCGCUCACCUUCACCGUCGUGUUCUCGCUCACGCUCUACACGCUCAACACCAAGCGGGACUUCUCCUUCAUUGGUUAUGGAAUAUUUGCGGGUCUGAGCGUCCUGAUCGUGGGCGGUCUGAUCCAGCUGUUCGUGCAGAGCUCGGCCUUCGAGGUGGCGCUCUCGUUCACCGGAGCCGUCCUCUUCAGCCUCUUCCUCGUGUUCGACACCCAACAAAUGAUGUCCACUCUCUCCCCCGAAGAGUACAUCCUGGCCACCAUCAACCUGUACAUGGACAUACUCAACCUCUUCCUGUACAUCCUGCGCAUUCUCAACGAAAUGAACAGGAAUUAGAUGUUGAAACAGUAAUUAAAAUCACAGUAUUAUGUAAUAGCUUCUAUUCUACUUACGUACCACAGUUUAACGACUUUGCCUAGCAAGCGAAUGUGCUCCGUGUUUUCACUGCGUCAGUUGUUGCAUUUGUAAAAUGUGUCAGUUAAAAUUUAAAUGUUUUUUAUCUGUCGAAUUUAUUUGGUCUUAAAUAUUGCAAUUUUACUAUAAACAAUCGGAACUUAUGGUGUCUUUCUUAAAAAGUUUUACCGAUAUGAGGCUGUGAACGAUGUGGAAGGUAUAGAAAAUGUAUACUUAUUUUCGUAUUGUAUAUUGUUAAUGAUGACUGUAAAUAUAUUUUAUUUAUGACUGUUUUUUUUUAUUUAAAUUUUGUUUGUACUGGAAUUCGAAAUGCACAAAAAUAUUAUACAUUCCUUUUACAUAACUUAUGUGAAUUACAUGAAAGCACUAAACAUUGUUAAAAUUAAAUAAAUGAUUUAGAUACCAAUUAAA